AUGAAGGGUAGCACUGCAGUCUUCAGACCUAGCAACAAUAAGGGCGACACAGAUAUGCUCGAAAUAAUCAUUGGAUAUACUGCUGGUCUACUUGUAUGUAACACUUCCAAGGAAAGUUUCGUAGAAGAAAAGAUUCUCCGUUACGUCAGUGGUCACAGUGUCACUGCGAAGCCAGAAAUUGGAAACGAUAUCUGCGAUAUCCCAUCUGUGCCAACUGAACAGGACGGCUAA